AUGAACGAGAAAAGUGAACAACGGAACACCCAUGCCGAUGUGGUUGAAGACGAGGGCAAAUACACAGAAUCUAUGUUACUUGAUGGCCUCGAGGAACCUAAGAGAAUCCGUCAAGUUGUCCAGGAAGCGAUACUUCUCGCUGGUGGAGCAGCGGCCAUUUUACUUCAGGUCGCCGACCCCGGUGUAGCCUCCGGCGUCGACGAACACAGCAAUUUUGCAUAUCGGCCGAUGGAUCGUCUGCGGACUACAAUGACCUAUGUAUAUUGCAUGGCAUUUGGAACUCGAGAUGAGAAGUCAGCUGUGAUUCAGAUGGUCCAUCGAGCCCAUUCUUCUGUAAAAGGGCCAGGGUACUCCGCAGAUGACCCCGCGCUUCAACUAUGGGUGGCUGCAACUCUCUACGCGGUUGGAAUCGAUUUAUAUCAACAAAUGUUUGGAAUAAUGACGGAAAAUGACGCGGAGGAGAUAUAUCGAGAAUAUUCCGUUCUUGCUGUUUCCCUACGUGUACAACCUGGAAUGUGGCCGCCAACGAGAAAGGCAUUUUGGGAAUAUUGGGACCAUAAGAUCAACACACUGGAAGUCAGUGGUCACGCAAAACAUGUGGCCCAAGGUCUUCUCUGGAAUAAGAAGCUACCAUUGCAUAUUCGGGCCUUUCUUCCAUUAAUCCGGGUGACGACAGCUGAGAUGUUACCACCACGAAUUCGUGAAUCUUACGGUCUGAAAUCGACAAAGAUUCGAAGAGGUGCCAACCGGUUCAUUGUUGGGUUCACCAAAGCAACUUACCCUUGCCUUCCUAAAAUGAUCCGUACCUUUCCCAUGAGAUAUUACCUCAAGGAUAUGCGACGGCGACUCCAAGAAAUUGCUUAA